AUGAGUGAAUCAGGGUCAAAUCAAAAUGCUUCCUCAUCAACAAACGCUUUCAUGAAUAACAAUAAUACAACAAUAAUAUCAGCUGAUGUUAGUCAACCACGACGGCGGAUGGUUCGAAACUAUUCCCUCCUCUGGUUAGAUGAAGAUAUGAACGAAACAAACAAAGUUUUCCAAAAUAACUUGGCACAAUUACGAACUGUUACUAAUGAUGUCAAUGUCUUUAAGCAACAAGAUGAAUGCAUCGACUUUCUUACAGAUGGUCAAGAUAUCAAGUGUUUUCUUGUUGUCAAAAAUAGUAUGGCUCAACAAAUAAUGCCCCUUAUCAAUGAUAUUCCUCAACUGGAUAGUAUCUAUCUCUUUAGUAAUAUCAAAUCCUUACAUGAAAAAUGGGCAACAAAAUGGCGAAAAAUCAAAAGCGUUCAUACCAGUAUCAAAGAUCUAUGCCAAGCAUUACAACUGAAUGUCAAGCAAUACAAUAAAGACUCAAUUGCUAUGAGUUUUAUCACGGUAAAUGAAUUGGAUUCAACUCAUAAUUUAAAUCAGUUGGAGCCAACUUUUAUGUAUACCCAACUAUUCAAGGACAUUCUUCUAAAUAUGCAACAUAAUGAACAGGCUAUUAAAUACUUUAUUACAUACUGUCGAAAUAACGACUGUGUCCUCAACUAA